GCUGGGUAAGGUAAAGUGAACUGCAAAGAAGUUAUCGCGGUUGUUACACUUGCGUUUAUUAAAACAUGCAAUUUAAAAUGUCAAGCACAUUUAAUUCGAAGGUAGUACGACAAAUAUUGGCGGAGGAGGAAAAAUAUAUUUCAGAUGUUUUCUCGAAAAUGCCUUUUACGAUAAUGGAUGAAGGGUCUCGAGAGGAAGAUAAAGACGAAAACAAUCAGGCACAAAAUGUAAAAAUAGGCAAAAUAUUUUCGAUACCUGGCGAAAAUGCAAAAAGAGCACAAACUUUCGAGGAACUGCACGCAAAGCUGGAUGAGCUAAAGCGCAAAGGAAGGCUAGAUCAUAGACAGCGGAAGGUAAAAAAAGGAUUGAAAAAUAAAAUAAAGAAAAAGUCAAAAAAAGAGGAACGAAAAAUAAAUAAAAAAAUAGUAGAAACAGAACAAAUAGCCGCUGGUUCGACAAAAAUUAAGGAGGAAAAUGGCGAAACUUCUAAAGUUCCUAAACAAAAACCUAUUUUCAAUUCCGAAGGUCACAUAGUGUUUAGCAAAUUUGACUUUUCACAAAUCGGUACGAAGAGAAAAUUCAAAGAUGAAAAGAACCCCAAAAAAAUAUUAGAGCAAAUGGAACAGAAAAAACAGAAGGUUAAUGAAUUAGUUGAGAGCGGUGAAAAGAAGAAAGCAGAAAAAAUUAUUGAGAAAGAAGCAUGGAAGACCGUGUUUGCGAAAGCUAGCGGAGAAAAGGUUAGAGACGAUCCAGAACUUUUGAAGAAAUCGAUAAAACGAGGGAUACAGAAGAAGAAGCAAAGCUCGAAAAAAUGGGAAACAAGGAUAGAAGGAGUCCAAAAAAAUAUUCAAGAAAGACAACAGAAACGACAAGAAAAUAUCACGAAGAGAAAAAAACAGAAGAAGACGAAUAAGUUGAAAAAAGCGACCAAAAAAGGACGUAUAAUACCAAAUUAUUAAGUUAACUUUCUUAUUAUACUCUUGUCAAACAAAAUGAUUAAUUCCAGAAACAUUGUAAUGAUAAAUAGCACAUAUUUUAAUUUUUCUGUUUUAUACAAAAGAUGAAAUAAUUUUGAUAAUAUUUACUGUUCAUAAUUGCAUUCGUUUUGUUGUUUAUUAUGUAUAAGAAUCGAGUACAAAGAAAUAUAUUGUAAGACUUAAAAUAAUUAAAUUUUAGUCUUUAGUUCUGUCAUAAGAUUCAAAUGCUUGUAUUUGCCAGUACAGUAUUUAAUUCCCUUUUCAUGUAGUAUCUAUCUAUUAUAAAUUUUUUAUUAGAUGGUUCAAAGUAUCAUAGAUUGUAAUUUAUCUUAUUAUGACAGCACAAAUAUUAAUUUUAAACACACAUUGUGUUUUAGGUUUUGAGGGUAGUUGCUGGUUUAUUCAAUAGAACUCGAUGCCGGAAGACUCAGUGACUUCUACGACAGAAACUUGUAACAGGUAGAUGCUGCCUUCUUGCGUAGAAGUCGGCCGCGAAUUCAGGCUUUAGUAUACCAGUUUAACAAAUUAAACCUUCAAUUCAGACAUAUCGAUAGAUUUAAAAAAAACUGAGAUUUCGAUUUUUUGCAGUUACUGCCUUCUUCAGUAGAACGGAGGUAUUGUAGGUGCAAACCCAUAAGCCAGCAUAUUACAUGAUUAAAUGAUAUUGCGUUAAAGCGAAACCAAAUAAAUGUUAGAUGGGAAAAA